UAUCGUUGCUCGUCGGUCUGCCGUGGCGCGUUGUUGUCAAAAGUCCUCAAUAUCGAUCCGUCGGUUGUGCCCUUCAAGUGUUCCCCAGUGUUGUGCACCGCGAAAAGACUAAUGACAAGAAUUUGGCGAAAUCGUGUCUUCAGGAAUUAAAAUCCACCUCACCUGGGCUAUAAUCCACAGUCAACUCUGACUCCCAGGUGGUGGUAGCAGAAAGUCUGGAUUCAUCCAUCUUAAUCAUUAAAGAUGUGACAUUUAAAUAAUUUCUAUUCUAUGCAUCACUGAAGAUAAAUUAAUUUAUAAACAGUGAAAUCAUCAAAUAAUAUUAUAAUAUAUUAGAUAAUAUAUUUAUUUAAUCAUUUAAUCGUUAAAAACUGAGUGAAGAAAUUUGUAGUGUACUGGGAAGACAGCCUUCUAUUGCAAUUUGGAUUUAGAUAGACUAGAAAUCAGUGUAAAUGCAGCUGCAGUUGUCUUUAUGAGUCUGUUAACUCCCAAUCGAGGGAGAAUGGUGUCCCACUCGCUGGCAGUAACAGGGGAUAUGCAACAAGGAAUAGGGAGUUCCGCUCUCAGUAGUAUGCAGGAUUCCCCUCAUUCUCUAAAAAUAAAACAAGAACCCUUCCAACUGUCGCCAAAUUCAUCACUUCACCAAGUAAGCAACUUCGUAUCAGAGAUGUCGCCAAGUAUAAUGUCGACGUCUUCAUCGAAGGAGUUAGACGUAAAUUUCGCCAGAUCCCUGACAGCCCACCACCUGUCUGCUACCCAUCAUCACCACGAUCAUCACAGUCCCAGAUCAGGAAUUUCCAUCCACUCAUCUGUCUCUACUCAUCUCAGCCAUCAUCAUCAUCAUCUGGACAAGGGAUCAUCGCCCCCAGGACUUCAUAACUCAACAAACAGUAAUUCCUCGACACCAAGUGCAUCCUCUACCCCGACAGCAACCACUGAAACAGGGAACAUAACUCCCAAUGGUAACGAGGCGUCAUCCACAACGGUUAAGCCACCGUUUAGUUACGUUGCUCUCAUUGCCAUGGCUAUUAAUCAUAGUCCACACAAAAGAGCCACUCUCAGUGAAAUUUAUUCCUACAUCACUACCAAGUUUCCUUAUUACGAGAAGAAUAAGAAGGGCUGGCAGAACUCGAUUAGGCAUAAUCUAUCGCUCAAUGAGUGCUUCGUUAAGGUGCCCAGGGAAGGUGGUGGUGAGCGGAAGGGCAAUUUUUGGACUCUCGAUCCCCAGUAUGACGAUAUGUUUGAAAAUGGCAACUACAGACGGCGGAAGAGGAUGAAGAGGCCGUACAGAAGUGCAUCAUACCAUAAAUCAAUCUUUGGCGAGCCAUAUCCAACGUCUCACGUGCAUCUCGGUGCAACCAGGAACCUAUUUGGGCACUCCCCACCGUCCUAUGCACCCACUGCCUAUACCAGAUAUGAUACGAGCACAUGGGGUUUGCAGCAACCCCAACUGUCCUACAGCCACUGCCAAGCGCUUCAGCCCCAACUGCAACCAAUGCAGUCGAUGCAAAUACCAACGAUGAAUGGUUACGGUCAAUUCAACUCUUUGAGGUUUCAAGGCAAUUACCUUGACGUUUCAGGCGGCAGUUCCGGGUCGCCAGGUGGCAUGGGCGGUGGAACUUUUACCAGUAAUUUUGGUGCAUGCGCGAGACGGCAUGAUGGAUAUUGGGGAGACAUGGUACCAAUCAAAGAGGAACCCGGCACUUCCACAGUGACACCAGCAGGUGUAGGGUCACUAGGAGUUGGUGGUAGCGUAAUGGGGCCAGGAAUGUCUUCCACAGUGUCCUCAUCAGGUUUUUCCACCGUCGACUUUCAAACUCGAUCAAAAUGUUACAUGUGAAUCUCUCCACUAAACAAAAAUCAUUAAUGGAAAUUCAUUGUUCUCUUCUUUAAUAAAGACCGUCGCAUCCGGUAUCCGACGGCUAACGCUCUCGCGUCGACAAGGCGCCCAAGAUGUCCAAAGACUUUCCCAAAUGAAAAUGGAAACAAAUAAACGAGAAUAGAGAGGGUGGUGUACGUAAACUUCUGAAUUGAGUUGAUUCUCAUGCGGGAAAAAUUUAUCUUCGUAGAAAAUAAAGUGAAAAGUAAGAGCAGUAAUAGAAAUUGUGAUGUCAAUAACGCCUAUGUAAAUGUGUAUCUUGACUUGGUACAAGCAAGUUCUCUUCAACUAGUUGAGAAAAGUAUAAUUUAAGAUUAGGUAUACCUAGAUAAAGAUCUGGAUUUUUUUCUUUCAUUUUCUUUUCGAAGAUCUCCUAGUUCUUUCGUAUUUUUUCUUAUAAUUCAUUAUUAUAUUCAUGUUUGAAGAUAUUAUAAUGGAGAGAAGAACCUCUUAAGUCUGUAAGAAUGUCAUAAGAUAUCGGUGUAAUCUGUUGGAAUAAAUAUCAUUUAUUUAUCACUUGAA